AUGAGUUUUGUGGAAGUCUAUCAAAACUUGGAUUUGACCUAAUCCCCAAAUAUUAUACCACCCAUACUCAAGAGGCAUCACCGAAUUCUUCAAUAUGAAAAGGAAAAGAAACCCUCUAACAUCAAAAUCAACGAUGGCCAUGGCUUCUUCUUCUUCCUCCAUACAAACUAGAAGCAAAACAAUAAGAAUGCUUUCAGAAGGUGUUUAUUUACCUGAUGAAUGUUGGGAGUUAGUCUUGAAAUUCCUCAUAUACGACACCGACGACGACCACCGUCGCUACUUUCAUUUGAAGUCCGUUUCCAUCGUAUCCAAACAGUUACUCUCCAUCACAAACCGUCUUCGAUCGUCUCUCACUAUAUAUAAUCCAACAUGCCAACUCUUCCGUAGAUUCUCCAACAUCGUCUCCCUCAACCUAUCCUCCUACUACGGUGACAUCAACGAAAUUCUUAUCCAAAUUUCUCAUUUUCCAUUGAAAAUCACAUCGCUCAAUCUCUCUAACCAACUCAAAAUUCCAGCCAAGGGAUUGCGAGCUUUCUCCAAAAACAUUAUAACUUUGACAUCUCUCAUAUGCUCCAACAUUGCUACUCUCUAUGACACCGACAUCUUAUUCAUUGCCCGCUGCUUCCCUUUUCUUGAAGAACUUGACCUCAGUAACCCUACGGAGUUCAAAUUUGACAGAAACUCCGCAUUCCUCUCUGCAAGGGCUGUUUCAUUGGCACUUUCCAGAAUCCGCAAAGUUAAUUUCUCUCCUCACAACAUUUUCUUCCACUUAUUGGUCUUUUACUUAUUCAAGAACUUUUAAGAUGCUAAAAAAGCAGCGAAGGCCACUUCCGGAGAACACUGCAUUUUUUUAUAUGCGAAGAGGAUACAGACUCAUCCAAGAAUUUUGCUUCAGUUUAUUGAAGUCAUUUAAUAGAAAAACAAUGCAUAGUUGCAGCUGGUUCAUAAAGCUGUACAAUCAAUUGCAGAGUUAGUGGCAACUAGUGUUUACAAUACAAACAUUUUAGAUUACAUUAAGCAUCAUUUUAUUUUAAACUCAUUUCUCUUAUAAUACCUUUUCCACCAAAAUUUCAGAUUGUAAGGCAAUGAGUUGAUUGCAAUGAUUGGACUUUGUUUGAGAUUAACAAAUAUGUACAGUUAUUAUUCAAUCUAUCUGGAUAGAUAGAAGAUGCUUUCUUGA